UUUUCAAUCAUAAAAUUCUCCAGAAUUAUCUUCAGGGACCGCUCAGCCUCACAAAAGGGGAGUGGACAGGAGGGACUUGGGAGAUCUCAGCUCACGUAGCCAUGAGGAGCUCCCACCUGCUCUUUCCCAUUCUCCUGGCCUUGUUGCUGGGUGGCCACCGUGCAGCUGCCACACAUAUGUAGCUGUCCCGGGCCCUUCUGUUCCUGGGCUCCUUCCCAGGAAGGACGUCUCCAGAUAGCCCCCUCUCAUUGUUUUGAAAGGAGGCAGUGACAUAGCCGAGUUCUCUGCUUUAACUAGAGCGCUAAGAUGCUGCCUUGGAGCUGGGUGCAUUUGUACGAGCUGACCAGGAGCAGCUGCUCCCAGCAGGCUGUCAUAUUCACGACCAAGAGAGGCAAGAAGGUCUGUGUUCAACCGAAGGACAAAUGGGUGAAGAAAUACAUUUCCUUACUGAAAACCCAGAAACAACCGUGACUCUGUCGGGUUUUCAGUCCAAGAGCACCCAGACCCUGUUCAAGGCUCUGAUACCCUCUGUGGAGCCUGGAGAGUCCUUUCGGGGGUCCUGGGGGUGGGGGUGGGGAGGAGCAUGUGUUUGCCAUCCGAGUUAUUUUUA